AAUAAUCAUUUAAAAAUGUGUGUGAGUAAUCGGUGGUCACAAAUGAAUCGUUGAAUUGAUCCUCAGUAAGCUAUGUUUGAUUUGGAAAACACGUCUUUCAUGAAAGUAACAUCAUCUUUUCUCCUUCCUCUCUUCUCUCCUUCACUUCUCCUCUCUCUUCUCUCCUUCCUGCUCCUCUUCCUCUCCUCCCUCUCUCCUUCAUCUCCUCUUCCUCUCCCCUCCUCUCCUUCCUAUCUCUUUCCUCUCUUCUCAUCUCUCCUUCCUCUCUCCUCUCUUCUUCCCUCCUCUCUCCUCCUACUCUCAGCAGUGUGUAAAGUGCAGGGUAGCAGUGGAGGGAGCGUUUGAUUCGUGGUGCGGGGCCUCCAGGAGGCGUCAACCCUGUCAUUUAGCUCUAAGAGGAUGGCAGGGAGAGAGAAAAGACAGAGAAUUAAUCCAAAAGCGGAUGCAAUAUCGCAUAUAAAGAACAAGACUGACAAGCUGGACAGCCUUGAAGCAUUAUUCAUAAAUGCUGAAAAAGGGCGUGGGGUAUUUGCCAAAAAAACCUUCAACCAAGGGGACUUCAUAUUAGAGUACAGAGGCGACCUCAUUUCUGACUCUGAAGCGCAGAGGAGGAGAGAGGUGUACACACCAACCCAGCGUGUUUUCAUUUUUGACCUUGCUGGAAAGUCUCUAUGUGUUGAUGGUGCCAAAGAGGAUGGGUCCCUGGGUAGGUUGGUUAAUGAUGACCACUUGAACCCAAACAGCAGAAUGAGGCUGGUGGAGGUGGAUAAAAUAAGCCACAUUUGCCUAUUUGCGACCAGGCCUAUAAGCAUGAGUGAAGAGAUCUCCUACAAUUAUGGAGGAAAAGACUGGCCAUGGCGAAAGAAGCCAGCAGAGCCUACAACCUCACCUGACAGUGCAUUCGUAGACACUUCUCCAGCUACUGUGGAAGGCGUGUCCUCUUUGCCAGAGCCCUGUGACACGACAAGCGUGGACAACAACACGGCAGAACAGACACAGACAAAGCGGAAGACUUCAGCACAGCACCGGCAGCAGACCAUUAAAAAGAAACAAAAGACUAAGCCAGCAGAGCCUACAACCUCACCUGACAGUGCAUUCGUAGACACUCCUCCAGCUACUGUGGAAGGCGUGUCCUCUUUGCCAGAGCCCUGUGACACGGUGGGUCAUGGUUUCAAGGUCUCAAUCGCUAUGUGUGAUUCCAGUCUUUCUUAUUAGAUUUAAGACAUAUCCAGAACAGGGCACACAACAACAAACAGUAAAGUAGUUCCUGCACUGUGGUUGUUGUUUAGGAAUCACCAUGCGCUCUUCACAUGCUCUGACAAAUCACAGAUUGUGACUUGGAAGAACUUUCAGUCAUGAGUUUCUCUU